AUGGAAUUCUUCGAUGCCCCGGAGAACCAGACGGGAAGCAUCCUGGUGUCCCUGGAGAGGCACAUGAACCGCGUCGGACAAAUGCUCGGAAUCCAGCUGGGUAACUCCACUGGCGCCAUCUUCACCUGCAUUCUUAGCGUGUGCUUCAGCUUCUUUGGCUCCUGGGUGCUGGCGCUGCUGCUCCUGGGCAUGCUGCCCAUCUGCGGGUUCCUGGGACUUGCGGUUGCAGCUUGCGCCACGCGUGUGGAUCCCGAGAAUGAGAGAGCCUACGCCAAGGCAGGAAAGGAGACGGCUGAGGCGGCGACGGCCAUUCGAACGGUCAGAGCCCUUGGGGCGGAAGAGCACACCAUGGAAAUCCUCAACGAGUCCUUGGACGUCCUCGCCAUGAUGAAUGCCCUUGCCGAAGGGGCGCAGAAUGCGGCGCAGGCACAGUCCCAGCACCCCGAACGGCGCAUGUCGACGUGGGGAAAGCUUUCGAGCACAGCGGGUGCCGAUGGUCAUCCAUGGGUCAACGCGCGCUACCUCGGCGAGAACUACGACCAGCUUCCGAUGCCUUCCGAAGAUAAUGGCACUGGCAAGCCUUCAGAGGCUCACUGGCGCUCUGAAUGGUCUGCGGCGGAACUGCGGGACGCUGCCGAUGAACAUGUGAUGCUCUCUUGGACAGCGAGCAAUCCGGUGAAGGCGUUGCCCGUGAUUGAGCGUGGUGAGGGGGUCUACCUCUACGAUACCCAUGGCAAGAAGUACUUGGACUGGACGAGCCAGGCAGUGUGUGUCAACCUCGGUCACACAGUCCCUGAUGCAGUCAAGCAAGGGAUCAACGACCAGCUGGACUCACUGCCAUAUGUGUAUGGUGGCCUUGGCUUGGCGCCCGUGCGUGCCAAGCUUGCGAAGCUUUUGGCGGAGAUCUGUCCAGGAGACCUGAACGGCUUCCUGUUCCCCAGUGGGGGAGGCGAGGCAAACGAGGCGGCCAUCCGCCUGGCGCGGCUCUACACACGGAAGCACAAGAUCUUCACGCAGUACAGGUCCUACCAUGGAUCAUCAGCCUCCUCCCUGGGCGCCACUGGCGACUUCCGCCGGAAGUUUGCCGAGAGCGGGCAGAAUGGCUUCGUCAAGUUCUUCAAUCCUCAGCCCAGCGGCUUCAGCUGGGGGACAACAGAUGCCUCGGCGACGGCCCGGACACUGGCAUGCCUUGAGGACCAAAUCUUGGCGGAAGGCCCAGAGACCGUUGCCGCCAUCCUUGUCGAAAGCAUCGUCGGCGCUGGCGGUGUGCUCGUUCCCCCUGAGGGAUAUAUGGAGGGCCUCCGGUCCCUGUGCGACAAGUACGAGAUCCUCCUCAUCUGUGACGAGGUCAUGGUGGGCUUCGGCCGCACGGGCAACUUCUUCGGCUUCCAGCACUUUGAAGGCGUGAUCCCAGACAUCGUGACCUCUGCCAAGGGCCUCACGGCCUCCUUCAUGCCACUCUCCCUCGUCGGAGUCCGGCAGAAGAUCAAGGACCACUUCAUGACACAUCCGUUGGGAUGGGGAUCCACCUUCCAUGCCCAUCCAGUGGCAUUGGCUUGCGCCUACGAGACGGUGAAGUACGUGCUGAAGGAGAACGUGCUUGACAACGUCAAGAAGCUUGAGCCUGUGAUGCUGGAGGAACUGGAGCGGCUGGUGCUGCGACACGACUCUGUGCGACAGGCCCGGGGCGUGGGGCUCUUCGGUUGCGUUGACUUGCAGACUCCCCUCGGCCAGACGGUGCAGCGCUUGGGGGAGCCUUCCCCACCGGCGGUGCAGAAGCUUCGCCAGGCAAUGUUUGAAAACGGCCUCUUCUCUCUCUUCCGGCCGCCGUUGUUGCACUGCUCGCCCCCGCUGAUCAUCAACGAGGAGCAGCUACGAGACGGCUUCGGCAGGCUGUCCAAGGCCCUGGACACUUUCGAUGAGAUGCAGAAUCGUGAUUGUGGCCUCUGA